CCAGGGGUGAGAGUGGGCUGAAGGGGUAGAAGGGAGCGGUGCAGGAAGAGAGUAUCCACCUCACGAUGAGUCUCUACAGAAACAUCACCUUAUUGAUGUGCCUGGGCAUCACCUGGCUGCUGGGGGGCGCUGCCGCACAAGCGGGGUCCGAUCCAAUCAGCAUGGAUGCCAUUGCCCUGGGACAAAGAUGGCCUUCCAAGGAUCCCUUAGCAACAGCCAAAAUUAACCUGUCUGACAUCAUCAGCUCCGAGUCGAUGUUUGAGUUUCGCACCUUUGACCCAGAAGGGCUUGUGUUCUACGGUGAUACACAGGAUGGCUGGUUCGUUCUAGGGCUGCGGGGGGGCGUCCCCGAGAUGCAGAUGACCGAGGGAGAUGCUAUAAGCUACACCUGGGGGGGGCCCAGGCUCAAUGACGGGCAGUGGCACAAGGUGGAGGUGAGAAGUGAAGGAAGUUUUGUGAAGCUGGAGGUGGAUGGCAGCCUGGCGCUCAUGGUGGGCCUGAACUCCCUGGGGGCACCAGGCCGCAGUCAUCUGAGAGGACAAAUGCGUCUCUCAUUGGGGGCGAUGCUCAUAGAGCAGGAGAAGCUCUAUCAUCCGCUGGUGCUGCCGAUGGAUGGCUGCCUAGCAAAGGGCAACUGGCUGAACCAGAGAAACCUAUGGGAGACGGACACCAAGCUGGACGCAAAGCUCUGCCUGGGCAACAUCAGGAGGGGCAGCCAUUUCUCUGGCCGGGGCUUGGUGGUGUUCAACACAUCUGACUCCCACUCCCUCCCUCUCCCUCCCUUACCUGCACACCUGAGCACUCAAGGAGACAUCAUUGUGGAGAUAGAAGGAGACGGAGACAUCAAGGGUUUGACUGGCUCUCUCCUCAACAUCCAGACCCGCAAAGGGGAGUCACUAGUGACUGUCAUUUCCAAAGAGGAGGAGCUGGUAGCACAUCUGGGAGCAGAGGUUCAUGCUCUCCCAGUGGAUUCCAGUGUGGAAACACUGACCCUGAUGUUCUCCGAGCAAAAAGUCCUCGUGCAGUACGGACCGAAGAGCGUCCACUUUGACCUGAAGCAUCCACAGGACUGGCGCUCCCAGUGGACCGAGGGGCUCUUCCUGACUUUUGGAGGGGUGCCAGAUCCCUCAUACCAACGUGGCUCGGACUACCUGCUGGGCUGCGUACGCAGAAUCAAGGUUCAGGAUCGGGACGUGGACCUUGACCGGGCACUCUACAAAGACAACUCCAUCAGCUCCCACAGCUGCCCUCAUCUCACUGCAAAGUGAGUCCAAAUUUUUGAUGAUGAAUGACCCAGCUCUACUGCACACCUCUUAGACUCUCAUGUCUGACCCCCUGCAUUCAUUACCUGCCCACAGAAUAAUUAACGACUCUAUGAAUUUCUCAAUCAUAUUCUACGUAUGUCUGAAGUCCAAGGAGAAAUAAACUGGCUGUUUUCUUACAUUG